AUGAAGCUGGUCAUUUUGUUUGCACUCGUUUGCUACGCAUUCGGCAGUGAGUCGCCUGGAUUCUUCAUCAAACUCUCGAAAAGUGUACCCCGAAUCGGAAGGCGCGGUGAUUUGGAGAACUUUUUCCUCAAGCAGUCGAAAAGUGUGCCCAGGAUAGGACGUCGUGCUGGAGGCUUCCGUAUGGAAGCAUCAACCCCGGAAGAGAAUGGUGCCAGUUGGUUCGAACGCUACAUGAAAACAUCCAAACGUCCCACACAAGGCUCACUGAUACCGGACGAUAUGGGCAAAUCGUACAAAAAACUACGUCCACUCGAUCUCAACCACAUCAUUGAUAUCCUGUCGGAUGAUCUGUUCUUCGGGUCGGAUCUAAAGUUUAUCUCCUGGGAGGUGCUUGAUGAAGCGCUCGAGGAAGAUCCGGAACUGCUGCAGAAGCUUGCCUCGCUCGCCCGUGAUAAGGAGGUGCAGCAGCUGAAGAAGAUGUUGGGUGAGCAUGGGGAGGAGGUCGUACAGUAUGUUCCGAUUGAUAGGAAUGAGAUUGGUACGGCCAACAGCCGAUCGUACAUGUACCGGGUGGAUAGAGCCGAUCCGAACAAGGAACGUAUCGAGUAUCAGCAGUGA